AUGGCAGGUGUAAACGUCUGUAUAAAAUGUUCUAUGUUUAUCUUCAACUUUGUGUUCUGGCUAUGUGGUGCCAUUAUCCUUUCCAUAGCUAUUUCGAUACGAGCAGGGAAAAUUGGUCAAGAGAUUCUUGUUCCUGGGGAUGCUAACCUUAGCCCCUUUAUUGUUGUGAAUAUGUUAAUUUUUGUGGGUGCUGUCAUCAUGAUUCUGGGUUUCCUGGGAUGCUGUGGUGCCAUGAAAGAAAACCAGUUCAUGAUGAUUUUGUUUUUCAUAGGACUGCUUAUGAUCCUACUCCUGCAGGUGGCAGCAGGUAUCCUAGCAACUACUAGCAAAUCUAAGACUGAACAAACUCUGAAUAAGACUCUCAUGAUUAAUGCACGUCUUUUGAGUUCAACAAGUGAAAAUGAAAGAGUAUUCCAGAAAGCCUUUUCUGAACUUCAAGGAAAGUUAAAAUGUUGUGGUUUGGUCAAUGGAGCUUCUGACUGGGGAAGUAAUUUUCAACACUAUUACAAGACAUGUGAAUGUCCAGGUGAAUCAGAUCCUUCUUGUACAAAAUAUAGUGGAAAAGCUAUUUACAAACAGUCAUGCUUUGCCUCGAUUAGCCACAUAUUUUCAAGACGUUUUUUCAUAGUUAUUGCACUAGCAUUUGGACUGGCGGCUAUUGAGGUACUUGGUCUGAUAUUUUCUAUUGUUCUGUACUGCCAGAUGAGGAAGAAAUAA